UAAUGAUAUAAAUUUUAUUAUAUGAAUACAUAUGUAUGUAUGAAUGUAAUAUUCACAGCUGAAUGUCUCUGUCCUAUUCCUUAAAUAUAUAUCAAAGGUUUUUUCAACAUUAGUUUCAGACAGUUCAGCCGUCUUGCACAGUCUCAGAUUUCCUAGCCAUUUUGAGUCUAAUUGGGAUUUUUUAAUCGAUAAAAUGGCAAAUUUGAGCAUUUUUUAUCAAUAAAAUGGACCAAAUUAGAAUUUUUAUAUCAACAAAUAUUGACACAAUAUAGAUACAUAAGGUCUUUUCCUGGCCAUUUUGGGAAAAAUGCAAUUCAUAUGAAAAGUCCACUGCAUGAUGUGGGAAAACUAAUUUAAUAUAACUCUUCAAAAUCAUAUUAAUUUGUUAUAUACUUUGUUAGUUGUUUAUGAAAUAAAUUUGAGAUAUAUAUAACAUUAGAGAGUUCUUUCUUACAAAAAAAAAAAUAAAAAAAUAACUUCUGGAGGGCAUUUUUUCUACAAAAUUAGGGAAAAAUAUAAUUAUACUCUUUUUUUUAUAGGGGAAUGGGGCCCGAAUAUCAGCCCGAAAUUGCCAUAAAAAACACUGGUUAUUGAAUUUUAGAGUAUCUUUAUCAGACAGAUCGUCAAGGUGGAAAUUCAAAUCACCGGUUAAAAUGAUGUUUUUAUCUGUCGUUCCAUAUUUUGAUAAAAACUGGGACCAUUCUUCCUCUAAGGAAGUACUUGAUUUUAAACCAUUGUCGUUUGAUGGAGGUGGUCUGUAGAUCACAGCCAAUAGUAGACAAUAGUCUUUAAUCUUUACACUACAGUCCAUGUGUUCAAAGGUAGUGAAUUGUUUGUCUUUAGUUGAAGUCAAGACUUUUAUUUCAAUGCUAGUCUUGUGUAUUAGAGCAACACCACCCCCACGGCGACCAAUGGGACGUAGUACAUGUUUUAUUUGGUAGCCUUCAGAUAAGAGCUCGGUAAAGCAGGUUUUAUCUGUUGAUGUUUAUGUUCUGAUUUCGUUUCAGCUUAUAUUUACCGUCCCAUACUUGUAAAUUCUGACAAAUUACGUUAGUUAAAGAUGUUUUACAAAAAUCAAUCUACAGUAAAAAUUUCAGUUCCAAAAAUUCCACAGUUCCAAAACAAACUGCAUUUCAUUCAACAUUUUCAUAAAACCUUACCGUUAAUAACUAAAAAAAUUGGACAGUCACGAACAAUAACAUAUCUAUCUAUACGGUCUAACUCCCCUUGCAGGUAUUAUUGACAGGUGAUGAUCAUAUGAUGAUUGUUUCUUCAACAAACUGGCAGUAAGCAGACAAACUGGCAGUAAGCAGACAAACUGGCAGUAAGCAGACAAACUGGCAGUAAGCAGACAAACUGGCAGUAAGCAGACAAACUGGCAGUUUUUACAGCUAUAAUGCACUACAGGAAGCUUUUGAGUGGAGUUUGGAGAAAAUUUGGAGUGAGGUGUUUAACAUUUUUUGGGACAAGCCAAAGUAGAUCAGUGUAUCAGCGAUACCCAAAUUCGUUCCACAGCCAGUAUGAACAUCUUUGUGAGAACGGCUUGGCCAAGUUGCUGCAAUCCAUUGAUAUUGAGUUUGAUAAAAUCAAGUAUGAAAUACUGAAAGCAGAAGAACACAAGCAGAUUCCUGAGAAAAUGCGAGCUAAGGAUUGGCUAACAGUAAGAAAUUCUGACCAAUCACAGCUGUUGGCAUCAUAUUUGAAUAUAAAGACAGAACAAGAGACGUUGAAUAACUUGAGAACUUAUAGGAGUAAACUAAAACAGGAAAUAGAAAACACGUUAGAUGGUUUGGAUCAAGCUGGAUGUAAUCUUAAUUCCUUCAUGUGUGUGGAUAGAAACGCUUGGACUAAGUGUAUUCAGGAAAGAAAUGCAUGGAAAGAUAUUCACAGCUUAAAGUUUGGAAAACCUGUUAUCAUUUUCAAUAAAGGUGUAUGCAAUGAACAAUUUCAAUCUUUAACCUGUUUUCAUCCAUAUGUUUUUAUAAACAUGAAUAGAGCUCAUUUGAGUCCGUUGUGUAUAUAUUAUUUCCACUUCAGUGCUUCUGUGAAUGAAUCUUAUCCUUUUAUAAUGUGGCAAAAAGGCAACCUGACCGAAAGUACUAUUAUUGAGAAAGACAGAUUGGUAUACAUCAGUAAUGUCUCGGAAAACUUUUACAACCCGAAAAAUGAUGAUAUUCCUGUGUUAUUUAACCAGAGUUUUGCGAUAGGACAGCACUCCAUCCUUACUGCAGCAGAAAAGUUUGGGAUUCGACAUGCAUCUUUCCCUAUUGAAAAAUAUAUACACAUAGGAAAAGUGCCCCGCCACCCUGCCCUGGAUUUAACCGUUCCUCAGCAACUGGAGAUCCUUCGUGACCUUGAACUUGGUCUUUACUGGGAGACAGCCAUCACCAGGAAUAUCUUCUUUCCCCCAAGUAGCAUCACCAAGGCGUCCGAAAUAUACAAGCACAUACGCCAAAAACGGGAUGAGUUCAAUUACAAGUUGAUCAGUGAUCUGACAAUGGCGAUGACAGAGAAUUGCUAUUCUGAUGAAUCAGACAGUUCAUAACGAUUUUGUGUUGUGUUUAAAUGAACUUUAAAACAAUUAUCCGCCUUUUUGACGAAGGUCAGUUUUUUAAUGUUUGCAAUAUGUUUGAAACUAAUUUUUUCUUUAAAUAAACAGCGAGCUGUUAUAUUAUAAUAAAAAUUUGUCACAACUUUUAUGUUGUUUAAGGAUAAAUAAAUAAGAUAUGUUUUA